AUGCUCGGGAGACUCGGAGCGCGCGCGGCUGGCCGCUGGGCCACCGCGGCAGCGGCCGCUGCAGCCUGCGCGGCCGGUGCGGGCGGCGUCGCGCUCGCGAAGGACUCGUUCAAGGACUACUUCGACCCCGAGGCGCUCGAGCGCGGCGCGAAGGCCCUCAAGGAGAUCGAGAAGUCCAAGAAUGCCAAGUCGGUCCUGGAGCUCGCAAAGGAGCAGGAGAAGGCGCGCGCCGCGGAGGCCGGUCUGAAGGCGGCGCAGUCGCAGGAGCAGGCUGCGCGCAUCAACCUGGAGUCCGAGAGGGUGCGCGCAGAGGAGCAGAGGAAGACAAACGACCAGAUGGCGCAGCGGCAGGCCGAGAUCAAGCGCUACGAGGACGAGCUCGCGCGCAACCGCGCCGCCGCGCAGCACGAGAAGGAGCGCGAGCGUCAGGUCGAGCUGGUGCGGCUGCAGGAGGAGAGCGAGCGGCGGCGCGAGGCCGAGAAGCUGCGCAUUCAGCAGGAGAUCGAGGCCGAGCGGCGGCGCACGGAGGAGUACCGCGCAGAGCAAAAGCGCAAGGUGCAGGCGCAGCGGGCGCUGGCGGAGGCCGAGGGGCGCAUCAAGGAGCGCCGCGAGAACGAGGACGUGUACCGGCGCGAGAUGGUGCUCAAGUACGGCGAGGAGACGAAGAAGGCGAUCGCGGUGGCGCAGGCGUGGUUGUCGGGGCUGGGGUCGGGCGUGAACGAGCUGAUCGAGCACGCGGACAAGGGGCUGGUGUUCGUGUCGGGGCUGGGGCUCGUCGCGGCGUUCGUGUACGGCGCGCGCGAGGGGACGCGCGUCGCGGGGCGCGCUAUCGAACGGUACCUCACCAUUCCCAGUCUGGUGCGCGAGAGCAGCUACACGCGGCCGUGGGACUUCGUCAAGCGGUCGAAGCAGGCCAACAUGGCCAAGCCCGAGGCGAUCUCGCGCGGCUUCAGCGACGUCGUGCUCCCCGCGCCCCUCAAGGAGCACGUCCAGCGCAUGGCCGCGUCCACCGCCAACACCCGCGUCCACCGCGCCCCGUUCCGCCACAUGCUCUUUUACGGCCCCCCCGGCACCGGCAAGACCCUCGUGGCCAAGAAGCUCGCGCGCACCUCCGGCCUCGACUACGCCAUCAUGUCCGGCGGCGACGUCGCGCCCCUCGGCGGCCACGCCGUCACCGAGCUCCACAAGCUCUUCGACUGGGCCGAGUCCUCCACGCGCGGGCUCAUGGUCUUCAUCGACGAGGCGGACGCGUUCCUCGGGCGGCGCGGCGCGGGGCAGUCCGAGGGCCUCCGCGGCGCGCUGAACGCGCUGCUGUUCCGCACGGGCGACCAGUCGCGCGACUUCGUGGUCGUGCUGUGCACGAACCGGCCGUCGGAUCUCGACGCCGCGGUGCUGGACCGGAUUGACGAGGCGGUGGAGUUCCCGCUGCCGGGCGAGGCGGAGCGGAAGCUGAUGCUCGAGCUCUACAUCGACCAGUACAUCGCGAAGGCUGGGACGGAGGCGGGCGGCGCGGGGAGCGAGUCAGGGGGGGGGCUGUUGAGCAAGAUCGGGAUCGGGCGCGGCGCGCCGGUGGCGAUCAAGGUGGCCGGGGUCGAGGACUCGCACAUCGCGGAGGCGGCGCGGCUGUGCGACGGGUUCAGCGGGCGCGAGAUCGCCAAGAUGGUUGCGUCUGUGCAGGCGGCGUGCUAUGGGAGCCACAACCUGACGCUGACGCCGGAGCUGCUGCUGGAGGUGGUGAAGCGGAAGGUGGCCGAGCACGGGAAGCGCGACCUGAUGAAGGAGGAGGGCGCGGUCGUCUUCGGCUGA